AUGGCAAAUGUUCGAUUCGAUACGAAACAGGAAGAGGAGAUAGAGUACCACUCUGACAAAAAAAGUUUAAAUGAUUUUUUAUGGGCUCAUCAACCAGAUCCAUCACUUGGAUAUGGAGAUAACACUACUGGUAGUAACUUGUACACGGUUUUGAAGAAAUUUCUCAACAAUAAGAAAGCGUCAAUAUGCGGAGCACAAGUGUUCAUUGCAGUAAAACGAUAUCCAGACGAGUCUGAUGUAUCCGACAUCAUUUCCCAACUACGAUCAAAUCAUGUGAUGGUGUUCAUUGCUGUUGACAGUAUCCCAUCGGGCGGUUCCAAUUCUGCAACACUGUACGAAAUGUCAUUUCAAACAAAUGGGUACUGUGUGUUUGCCAGUGGCCGGGAUCUUGAUUAUGCUUUUGACAACAUGAUCGGACAACUUGAUAACCCUUACCAGUUUCUUGCUCAAAAUUUUGUGGUUUCUGGAUCGGGUCGAAUUGAAACACCGACAUUCAGAACUCCUUUACCGCCCGGUUAUGAAGAAUCUUGUUCAGUUGUGAUAACUGUUCAAAACCAUACACUAGACAAGUUAUUUGUAUCAAUGAACUAUACAUUUGCGAGUACUGAUGGAUUUUAUGAUUUCAAAUUUCCUGGUUACCAAUCGUUUCCUCUUUAUGGAACUGCACAAGCAGAGAGCUUGAUUCUGAAUGGCUCGGUCUCUUACAAAUGGACAAUUGACUAUCAUUACAAUUCUGAUGCACCACAAAUCAUUCAAUUAAGAAUGUACAGUGACUAUUAUCACGAUUUCCUUCCAUUGCCAGUUUUCUGA